AUGUCCAACGAGAAGAGGGUAAAGCUGAUGCAACUGGCGAAGAAACACAAGUUCUUCGUGGUGGCCGAUGAAGCCUAUCAGCUGUUGAACUUCGAGAAACUCGAUAUCAAGCCGCUUUUCUACCACGAUGACCCGGAGGAUCCGCGGGUGUUUUCCAUCGGCACCUUCUCCAAGCUCAUCGGCCCUGGAACCAAGGUGGGUUGGGUCCAAGCCCACAAUUCCUUGCUGAAGCCGUUGACAAACGUUGGCUUCAUCGACAGCGGCAAUAACCCAGUGAUUUUCUCUUCGAUGAACUUGCUCCACUUCGUCGAGUCAGGUGCUUUGGCCAAGCACAUCGAUGCUGUCUCACAAGAUCUCGGCGAGAGGUGCAAGUUCAUCUGCCAGAAGCUUCGGGAGGUUGGACUGGAGGUCUACCAGCCUAAAGGCGGCUACUUCGUUUGGGUGAAGUCAAAAGGAAAGAUGACAGGGCGUA